UUCCAAUCCCCUCCAUAUCAUGUGAUUCAGGUGUCCCAAUCCCCUCCCAAUCAUGUGAUUCAGGUGUUCCAAUCCCCUCCAUGGACACAGGUGUAUACAAUCAAGCCCCUAGGCAUGCAGACGGCUUCUACAAACAUUGGUGAAAGAAUGGGUCGCUCUCAGGAGCUCAGUGACUCCAAGCGUGGUCCCGUGAUAGGUGGCCACCUGUGCAAUAAGUCCAUCCGUGACAUUUCCUGGCUACUAAAUAUUCCACCAACUGUUAGUGGGAUUAUAACAAAGUGGAAGCCACUGGGAACAACAGCCACUCAGCCACCAAGUGGUAGGCCACGUCACAUGACAGGGCGGGGUCAGCGCAUGCUGAAGCGCACAGUGCGCAGAAGUCGCCAACUGUCUGCAGAGUCAAUAGCUAAAGACCUCCAAACUUGGUGUGGCCUUCAGAUGAGCCCAACAACAGUGCGUAGAGAGCUUCAUGGAAUGGGUUUCCAUGGCCGAGCAGCUGCAUCCAAG